GCACUGCAAGCCACCUGUGGGAGAGCAAAGGUCAGGGUUGGGGCUGUCCCGUGUGCCACUCCCGGGGCCCAGAGCAGGGGACAAGGUCCCCUGCAGUGGAGAUGUGGGUGAUGGGUGCCCAUGGAUGUGCCGUGUGGGUGUCCAUGUGUCCGUCCAUCUGUCCUUGCUGUGUGUCCUGCAGCCCCACGGUGGUUGCCGGGACCACGCAAACACACACACCUGGCUCCAGCGCCCCUGGGUCACCCAGUGCCAGUGACCUUGUUGGUGCCAGUGCCGGGAGCAGUGCCACACCAGUCCCAGACCCCCGGUCACCGGCCCUCCCGCAGGGCACCCCUUGCACCGAUACCGGCAGUGCUGGUGGCAGCCCCCUUGCCAGGGCCGGGGCUUGGGGCUCACCCCCAUCCCUGCCGGUGCCACCUUCCUGCCCCCCGGUGCUGGGACCCGCCCUUUUCCCUGUCCUCACAGUCUCUCCGGUGACCCCCUGCACUGCUCCCCUGCUGCCGGUGCCUGCCCCCCGCUCCGGUGCCACUUCUUCUGCGGCUUCGGUACUGGUUCUUCCCCGCCGGGGCCUCUGCGGGUGCCCCCCCGCUGCCGAUACCCCCGGUGCCUCCGCGUCCCCGACGCCGGUGCAGCACCCCCUGCCGGUGCCGGUAAGUCCCGGUGCCAGUAAGUCCCAGGUGUCCGCUCUUUGUGCUGGUAAGUCCCGGUGGCCCGGGUCCCGGUUCCGGGAAAUCCCGGUGCCAGUAAGCACCGUAGGCUGCUCCCGGUGCCAACAAGCAUUGGUGUGGGUAAAUCCCAGCGCCUCGCUCCUUGCACCAACAAGCCCUGUUGCCGCUGGAGACUGUGUCCUCUGGUUCUGUCAGUGCUGCCUGGUGGAAGAGACCGACCCCACCUGUGUACAACUUCCCUUCAGGAAGGAGUGGAGAGCAAUAAGUUCACCUCUGAGUGUCCUUUUCUCCAGGCUGAAUACCCCCAGCUCCGUCAGCCGUUCCUCUCAGGGUUUGCGUUCCCAGCCCCUCUCCAGCCUUGCUGGCUCCUCUGGACGCGCUCAAGCAUCUCAAGAUCCUUCCCAAACUGAGGCCCAAAAACCGGACCCAGUGAGAGGUUUGGAUGCCCAGUUUACCCGGAAUCAGCCGCUUUGGAGCCGGGAGCAAAGCCGUGCUGCCCAUGGGAGCAGGGCCGUGCCGAGCCGUGCCGUGCCGUGCCAGCUUUCCAGCGCCUCCGGACGCAGCCGGGGCGGCAUCGUCAGGGAUGGGAGAGGGAGGACGUGCGGCGUUUGAAGGAAAAGCCACCCUGCAGGAUUCAUGGGAAGGCAUUUGCAUGAUAAAGCAGGGAGCCCUUUGCUUUGGGUAAAUCUGUAAUUAAUACUGAAUCGUUGUGUAAUUAAAAGCUACCGGCAUGGAAAACUCCAACAGAAGCCAAGCGUGGCUUGGGAAAUGGAAUUAAAGCCAAAAGAAAUAGGGGGAGAAGAAAGAUGAAGUGUUUGGGAAAUGGUGUCAGAGCCCUCUGGGAGGGUUGGAAUUUCUGGCUCGUGCAGUGUGGAAGCAGGAUAAGGUGGGGAGCUGGGAUGGAGAGCAGACAGAACCCUUCCCCUGCCACCUGAAGCAGGGCUGUGCCCCUCUUUCCCCGUGGAUAAUCCAUUCCCGCGGGUCUCAGCUCUCAUACGCAAAAAAUAAAAUUCCUUACAAAGCCACAGGAA